UCCCUGGAUUCACCGGCCCGUGAUCAUCAUCACCGUUAGUCAGACAGACCCUCCGAUCAGCUGUGGGCAGGUCGAUGGAGACCCACAACUGGUGAUAGCGGCGUUUAUUUUUUAUACUAUCGAGGAUCCGUUACCUCUCGGAUAGAAAUGUCCACACAGGGACACACGAAUCCAAACUCGUCCGUGAAUAAUUACAGGAUGAAUUCAACACAAAACGGAGGCGGAGCGGCGGCAGCGGUGCCCUGUCAGAACGUUCUCUUUUAAUGUCUUAAGACUUGUCUUUACGGUCCGGGACAGUCGUACCCUGCCGUGUAUCCCGCAUCCAGCUACUAUAGUUCCGCUCCGCCCACUGGUUACAUCACCAUGGCGGGACACAGCGCUCCUCCCGCUGGCAAAAUCCCAGUUUCGAGCACAGACUAUAGUGGGAACUACUACCAGAACAGCUCAGGGCCGUCGCUGUACGCAGCACCACCUGGAACGCAGCCACCUGCCCAUCAGUACUCCACCUCAAAUGCCCCGGUACAGCCAUUCCAGCAGACUGUGCCGUACACUAUGUCAGCCGGAUAUUACGGACAGGCGUAUAGUCACCCUUCACAGGGUCAAACUCAAGCCCAGCCUCAACCUCAGCCCAGCUUGGUGGCAGCGCCCAGCUUGGUGGCAGCACCCAGUGGCAACAACCUCAGCGCCCCGCUGUACCCCAUCGUUUCUUACCCAUCAGGCCCUGGGAGCAGUCAGUAUGGCACUCUGAGAUCCUCUCAAACUGGUGCUGGGCAGCCACCAGCUUCUACGGUAAUGCCACCGCCACCUACCCAGAGUACUUUGCAACAGUAUUCUCAAGGAAACGGAGCCACACCCACACCAACUCACCUGAGCUACGGAGCUCCGCCUCUUAGCCAAACAGCCGCUGUCAACGGCCAAUCGAAUGCAGUUCAACAACACUAUGACCAAAACCUCCACAAUCCCAUGAGCCAUCAUUACGGUGGGGCCCCUCCCAACAAAGAGAGCCUUGAUAAAGAGAGACCGCCCUCAGGAACCCCAGGCACGUCCGUGCAUUCUUCACCACGACACCAUCCAGGACUGCUGUACGGUGACCGUGGGGUGAAUAACGCCGUUAGCUCGGCCGCGGGCGAUCACUCCUCAUCCAGUUCUGACCAUGAGGAAGAGGAUGAGGAGGAUGAGGAAGCAGGUGGAGACAGCUCGUCUACAACCACAGGCAGUGCCUCUCCGGUUCCCAACAGUUAUGAGUCUCUGGAAGGCGGCAGUUACACGGAUCAUGCAGCUCCUCCUGCCAGUGUUCCCACCAAGCAAGCUCCACCCUUCGGAUACAAUUACCCAACCAUGCAUCCUGCUUACCAACAAAACCCCGCCCCCAGGCCAGACUCCUCCCCCUCACAAGGAGGGUACAAAGCACCAGGAUACCAGCCGUACUCACAGCCUUUCCCAUCUCUGUCCGAGCUGUCGUCAGCUUUAGGAGGCCUCAGUGGCGUUCCUGAGCUGGAUGUGGAAACCUUGAGACCAGUGAAUCUACUCCAGGAGAGGAACAUCCUUCCUACCCAACGGGCACCUCCACCUGAGCCCAACCUGAGCAACGACCUCCGCAAGGUCAACUGCAGCCCUGACACGUUUCGCUGUACUCUCACUAACAUUCCCCAGACUCAAGCUCUGUUGAAUAAAGCUCGUCUGCCUCUUGGAUUAUUGCUGCAUCCCUUCAGAGAUUUAACGCAGUUACCGGUCAUCACCUCUAACACUAUAGUUCGUUGUCGUUCGUGUCGGACGUAUAUAAACCCUUUCGUUUCGUUUUUGGACCAGCGCAGGUGGAAGUGUAAUUUGUGUUACAGAGUCAAUGAUGUUCCUGACGAGUUCAUGUAUAAUCCUGUUACUCGUUCAUACGGUGAGCCCCACAAAAGACCAGAGGUCCAGAAUUCAACCGUGGAGUUCAUCGCCUCCUCUGAUUACAUGCUGCGGCCUCCUCAGCCUGCUGUGUACCUGUUCGUGUUGGACGUAUCCCAUAAUGCCGUGGAGUCAGGCUACCUGAAUGUGUUUUGCCAGUCAUUACUGGACAACCUAGAAAAGUUGCCCGGAGAUACACGUACACGCAUCGGGUUUGUGACGUUUGACAGCACCGUCCACUUCUAUAACUUGCAGGAGGGUCUUUCUCAGCCUCAGAUGCUUGUGGUGUCUGAUAUUGAUGAUGUUUUCAUCCCAACACAUGACAGUCUGCUGGUGAAUCUCAAAGAGAGUAAAGAGCUGGUGAAGGACCUGCUGAACGCUCUGCCGGGGAUGUUCACGCACACGCGUGAGACUCAGAGCGCUCUGGGUCCGGCUCUGCAGGCAGCAUAUAAACUCAUGUCCCCGACCGGAGGCCGAGUGUCCGUGUUUCAGACCCAGCUGCCCACCCUCGGCGCUGGACUCCUGCAGUCGCGGGAAGACCCCAACCUCAGAUCCAGCACCAAGAAUGUCCAGCACUUGGGUCCUGCUACAGACUUUUACAAGAAACUGGCUCUGGAUUGUUCUGGACAGCAGAUUGGAGUGGAUCUGUUCUUACUGAGCUCCCAAUACUCAGACCUGGCUUCUUUAGCGUGCGUGUCCAAAUACUCCGCCGGCAGUGUCUUCUACUACCCGUCCUUCCAUCACGUUCACAAUACAGCGCAGAGACAGAAAUUCCAGAAGGAUCUCCAGCGAUACCUUACCAGAAAGAUUGGAUUUGAGGCCGUCAUGAGGAUCAGGUGCACCAAAGGCUUGUCCAUCCACACUUUCCAUGGCAACUUCUUUGUGCGCUCCACUGAUUUGCUGUCUCUGGCCAACGUGAACCCGGACUCUGGUUUCGCAGUGCAGAUGUCCAUCGAGGAGAGUUUAGCCGAUACAUCGCUUGCUUGUUUUCAAGCGGCUCUUCUUUACACAUCAAGCAAAGGUAAACGUCGAAUCCGAGUGCACACUCUGUGUCUGCCGGUGGUCAGUCAGUUGAGUGAAGUGUUUGCUGGAGCGGAUAUCCAGGCCAUCUCAUGCCUGCUGGCCAACAUGGCUAUCGAUCGCUCCAUCUCCUCCAGCCUGUCUGAUGCGAGAGACGCGUUAGUCAAUGCUGUGGUGGAUUGUUUAACAGCGUAUCGCGCUAAUGGCUCAAACAUCCAGCCCUCCGGCCUGAUCGCCCCCGCUGCCCUACGUCUGUUCCCUCUAUAUGUACUUUCCCUGCUCAAACAGAAAGCUCUGCGAACUGGUACCAGCACCCGUCUGGACGAGCGAGUGUUUUCCAUGUGUGAGUUCAAGAGUCAGCCGCUGCAUCAGAUCAUGCGUAUGGUUCAUCCGGACCUGUACCGCAUCGACAACAUGACCGAACAGGCGGCGCUGCAUCUGAAUGACUCUGUGAUUCCUCAGCCUCCCUUACUGCAGCUCACAGCAGAGAAGCUCACUAGAGAGGGAGCGUUUCUCAUGGACUGUGGCAGCGUCAUGUAUUUGUGGGUGGGGAAGUGCUGUAACGAGAUGUUCAUACGUGAUGUGUUGGGCUACCCCAAUUAUGCAUCCUUACCGUCCAACAUGACUGAGAUUCCAGAGCUGCAGACGACGUACUCGGAGCGAACUCGAGCCUUCAUUUCUUGGCUGCUGGAGUCUAGAACCUUCCAUCCUGCUUUUCAUGUGGUCAAGGACGACGCCUCGGCCAAGACCAGUUUUUUCCAGCACCUCGUGGAGGACCGCACUGAAUCUGCCUUCUCUUAUUACGAGUUCUUGCUUCACGUUCAGCAGCAGAUGUCGAAGUAGAAUGGAAGGACCCCCUAGAACCGGCCCCAGGGUUACAGCUAGCUUCUGUUCCGCGGCUCAGCUUUAGCAGGGAGUUCUUUGAUUGGACCGCAGAGAGGCAGAGACACGCCCCCUGGCCCCACCGGCCAAUCACAGCCUGUGGCUCGUCUGGGGGAGGGAGUGCUUAGAGACAAUUAAGGGUAAAAGAAGUUAAAAAGUAAAUGAUUAAUGGACUGUAAUGGCAAAAAAGGAAGAGCAUAGGACAAAGAUGAAACGUAGUAGACUGGACUGCACAUAGAGACACUGAACAAGCUGUUUUCAAUCAUUCCCACCUGCUUACUACCCGUUCAUAUUCAGCCAUCAUCAUGAGUAGCCAGACGCAGCAGUGGACAUUUUUUUCUGUGUUCAUUUUUCUGUAUGUUUCACACCAAAUGAUCGCGUUUGUUUCCGUCGGCAGAAUCAUUGUGAGCGUUUAUUUGGGUUUUUAAUACAUGAAAACUUGUUUGUUGCAUAUUAUGAAUCACUCCACAGCAUCCGCUCACUGUCGUUUUUUUAUUUGCUUUGAGUCCUGAUGUUCUCCUCAUGUCACUCUCCCAAUGUCCACCUUUCCUCUCCUUAUAAUGUGACUUGUGAAACCGUGUCCGUCGUGAUGGUGUAAUAAUUCAUCUGUCUUCAUCCAGCGUAGACUCAACAGUGGCUGCUCGAUUCUCCUCUCGUCUUCUCGUCAUAAGCUGCUUGAAACGUUAAUGAAGCUAUGAUGUUCCUCGCUGACAAUGCAUUGUUUUCUUUGGGAAAACGGAUCAGGCCACCAACAAAUGUUGCUAUCCACUUUGUAACUCUCAACAAAAAAUAUUUUAAUGUGCUAUAAUUUAUGACCAGCUUAUUGAAUAAAAUGAAAUGAUAAUUCUA